AAUGCUGAUUUGAUUCUUAAUGAGUUGUCUAGAGGAUUCGUUUUAGUAGUUUUGAGUGCUUAGAGUAUUCAUUUAUAUUUUGUUUUGAGAUUUUACGCUUAAUUAAUAUAGUUAUGUUGUUCUAUAUUUAUUCAGCAUUUUUCCCUCUUAUUUGAAUAGAUUUCUGCUUUAUUCUUUUUUAGUUGAAGAAAUCUUGCCAAAACAUUUAUGUUGCAGCUAUAUUACUUUCAAUUUAGUCUUAACAUUUAUGAUUAGGCUUUUCUAUUAACUCUGUGCUGUAGACUUCUACAGUUCUACUCUCAACAUGGCUGCAAGUCAAUAAGUCAAAAUAUAUAAUCAAAUAGAAUAUAUUAUCAAUUAAUUAUCUUUAUCAUAGAUAAGAAAAAAUUAAGUACCUUCAUGAAGUAUGUUGAUGGCCGUCAUCACAAGUUCUUAGCGGUUUGAAUAAAUCAGACCAUUUGCUAUUUUGGUUCUUGAAAAUUACGGAUGUUAUAUAUUUCACUUGGCUUACAAUACAGUGUGUUGUUGUGAUGGUACUCAUGGGGAAAGAUUGGAUAUUAAUAAUCAAAGCAACCUUUGACACGAUCCAAUGUGAAGUAAUCUACUAUGCUUUUAGUUAAUCAUUCGUCCUCUUCCAAUGCAUUUUCCUUGCUGUUUUCUUAUUUCAAAGUAUUCUCCCUUCUGUGUGUUCUUAUGGUAGGGUUCUGUGUUUUCUUAUGGCAGGGAUGCAACAUUUCAAAAGGCCCAAAGUUAUUGACCGCGUGGUAUGAGACUUUAAAUGGAAAGAUGAUAGGAUUGUGGAUGUGAAAUAUUUUAUGGAUGUUUUGGUUAGAAGUUGUCUGAAAGGAAUUCUUUAAUUUCAAAAUUCAAUAUUUCUACUGAUGUCUUUUUUCUGUUUGGUCUUGGUACUGUAUUUGACCAAACGGGCAUGGCCCCGAAUUAUGAAGUAUUACAUCUUAUUCGGAGCUUGAAACUAUGCUUUAUGGGAAACUUAUCAAGUGCAUUUCUUUAAUCACUUCUAUUCCCAAUAUAAUGAUUUUGAGAGU